AGGGCGACCAUCUGCCUCAACGAGUCAAUACAGCGCUCGGUGGUCGAGUAAUUGAAUCAGAGCGCCGUAAUUCCUUACGAAGGCUCAGCUCGUUUAUAGCACGGUCUAGGUAAGAUCAGGUAGCAUGCUCCGCAGAAUAUCAACAAAUCUCUCGUAAUAGUAGGUACAGGUAGUAAGUACCUGUAGUAUUUUACAAAUUUCACGUUGCCGCUGCCCCUCCAAAGCCCCUCCACGAUGAACCUCCAUUAUAGACCAAAGCAUCCAGGUCCAUUGCGAUUCUGGACACAGCCAGAAAGAUGAAGUCGAAUAUCGAACUCAUUGGUGAGGUUGACAAGUUCGCAUACCCAAAUGAGACUUCUGCGAGGCUCCAGCAGAAGCAGGAGACGCUGUGGACUUUGAUUUGGCGUGAUGACGAGGGCUCCUAUCCUAUCGGCUAUGUUCUUGACCGUGUCGUCGCCGAGCUCCAGGUGGCUCCCGAGGACGUCAGAGGCUCCCUGACGUGCGACGAACGCGCUCGAACAAUUCGGCUGCUGGAUGGUGUAGGAUCUGAGGUUGCAAGAACCCAGCAGAUUGCCAAGCUCGCGGGCUAUUGGCGACACAAAGGAACCUUUCCCCUUCUAAAAGGCUGGCGGAACGAGCUCUGGCCCGUGUACGGGCGCAAAGGCGAAUUACUCUUCAGUAUGGAAAGGGCAGCCGUGGGGCUCUUGGGCGCCAUGCGGUAUGGCGUGCACAUGAUUGCAUAUAUCAAGGACGAUGCGGCCCCAUACGGCAUCCGUUUCUGGGUUCCUCGGAGAGCGGCAAACAAAUCCACGUUUCCGGGCAUGCUCGACAACACUGUCGCCGGCGGCCUCGCUACAGGCGAAGAUCCCUUCGAGUGCCUGAUCCGCGAAGCAGAUGAGGAAGCUGAUCUCCCCGAGGACGUUGUCCGGUCGCGCGCAGAGCACGUCGAUGUUGUCACGUACAUGUACAUCACAGAAAAGGAGCGCGUGGGCGAGGCUGAUUAUAUUUACCCAGAAUGCCAAUGGGUUUAUGAUCUGGAGCUACCGACAGACGUCAUCCCCCAACCAAAGGACGGUGAGGUCGAGGAGUUCCGCUUGUGCGAUGUGAGCGAGGUCAAGGCGCAGUUGGCAGCAGGAGAGUACAAACCCAACUGCGCCCUGGUGGUGAUAGCUUUCUUCAUCAGACACGGCAUCCUGACGAAAGAGAACGAGCCUGAUCUCGUGAGCAUUGAGAAAAGGAUUCAUCGCGAUUUGCCAUUUCCGGGGCCGCACAAGGAGUCUUCGUUCAAAUGGUAAGGCGGGGUGAGACAGCAACGAGCAAUGUGUGUCUUGACGCUGUGUACGAGAGCAUGUUGGGUGACAAGGUCGAUCUUCGUUGCAGAUUCUGGAUGUCUUCAUUCCUUCAUGAUCAAUUCGUUAUUUCUUGAUG